GGCGCGCAGCUCCUUGUGGCAGCGGCGCCGCCUCAGGGCUCCUUCAGGGGGUAGUGGGGCCGGGGAGGAGGUCCUCGGGCAGCUCCCCCACAGGGGUCGGGGGCGAGGGGCUCGCUGUGUGAGGGGCCGUGGGCAGGGGGAGAUUGAAAACGGUGGAAAAUAAAGUUUCUGUGCGGUGGAGCCCUUCAGAGGGGUGCGCCGGGUGCUCCCCAGGAGGCGGGUUUGGGUUUUGGGGUCCCCUGAGGCUCAGGGUUUGCUCAGCAGGCUGAGGGGGAGUGAGAUGUAAAGUAGUGUUAGUCGAUGGCUGCUGCGGGGUUACACUUCAGAAGGAUAAGAAGAAAGCUUGCUUGGAGGUUUGGGCAGCAGGCGUUUGUUUUCGUGACUGGAAAAGUGGAAUUAUCAAUAGCAUAGGGAGUUAAAACACAGCUGUUCCCGUUCAGGAGCAAUGCCAGCACCAGAUACACCUCAAAGCAGCAAAGUUGAGGCACCUGUGGCCACCAGCACAGGUAAAAGCAGCAGGCCCAAGGCACCUUUGUUGCCAGACUCUACUAAAACCAGCAGGGUCAAGGUGCUGGCAGCCACUAAGGUGUCGAACCCUCAGGAUUUUGUGCACAUUCAGGCUUUGCCUGGUGUUGCUCAGAAAGAAGGGAGGGUCUUGGCCAGAAGCAGGAGGAUUUACAGAAGCAGCGAGCCUUCAAGAAAACAAGUGUUCUGGGAAAACUACCACAGGAGGCAAGAGCAAUUCACGCAGGGACACGUCACCCCCACAGGGAAGCCAUACCAGGAGCUUGGCGAGAUUCUCUACACAGACCCAAAGAAACUCACCCUCUACUCCUUGGGACAGCUCACGCAGGAACCAGCGAAAAAAGACGUGCGGGAAAGACCACGCAAGGAAGUAGCGAAGGUGCCUACUAACAAGUACUCUUUCAAUCCGAAGUCUGAUCCACCGGAAUCAGUGAAGAGACUCGCCUCAUUUAGAGAGACAGGAAAGGAGCUGAGGACUCUUAGUAAAGCUUUAGCUCAGUCAAGGCAUCAUGUCAAUGCUGUGAAGAAAGGUGGAGCAUACUUCCAUAUACUUCACCAAGAAUCACUGGAGAGGAAGAACAUACUGAACGAGCAGCAGGCUCAGGGAGUGAGAUGGGGAACUGAUUUCCAGCCACCCACAUAUUUCUCGGAUCCAGAGGAGUCAGGGGAAGAAAUAAGCACUUGUUCUCUAACAGAAGGCAACCACUUGAAGAAGUCAGGGAAGAAGAAAAAAAAGAUGACCUUACGGUCUUUCACUCCUGCUUAUACCAGUGUCCUGAUUCCAAGACCCCCUGAAGCAAAAAGUGAACAUCUUUUCCGACAACUGUGUGCCAUACACUGGCUUUUGGAAGCUUUGACCCUUGAAUCCAACAGUUCGAUGCAUUCCAUAUUAACCUGCUGGAAUCCAAUGGACCCUGGUGGCUGUAAAAAAACAGUGAAAGAAAUGGAAGAGGAAAAGUUAGUAGCAUUCAUGUGGGAGCUCUUUGUUACAAAUACAAAGAAAGACAUGCGGAAAGCACGACACUGUCCACUUAGCAGGAAGACAAACAAGAUAUCUACUCCAGUCAUCUCUCAGCUUAGUAGUCAGUCUUCUCAUGGUCAAACCCCUCAUGGUAGUGUAAAUUCCCUUGUGCUUUGCUCUGAAGACAAUGUCAACGUGAAUGGAGGUUUGUCUGAUGUUAUGAGUGAGUCAGUGCAAACUAAAGAACAACAUCAUCUUUUUCCCUCCCUGCAGAAGCUGAUCCAGAUACCACAUGGUGACGUGUCAAAAGAUGUCCCUGAACAAGAAGAUAUGGUUGAGAAGACUGGACUGCAGAGGAGCCAGGAAGAGCGAUGCUCUCAAAAAUACCAAGCUUUGAAACGAUUGAAGCAUUUUAGAAAAGACAUGGAAAGACUAAGACAGCUGGACGUGAGAGCUGAAAGAGAACAUGUUGAAGAUGAAAUAAAAUGGUUUCCUGUAUUGCUGGCCAGACUCCCAGAGUCUGUGAAGAAUGACCAUUACGUGAAGAAAAUCUUAAAGAAACUGGAAAAAUUUGGCAUGACUCCUGAUUUAAAAAUUCAUCAUGACACCUUUCUUAAGGCUUUGACUGAUCUACAGGUGUGGGAGCUGUGUUCUCCAGAAAUUGCUGCAGCUGUGGAGUUUGUACGUGAAAGUAUUGUGCAGAUGCCAGAAGAGGAUUUCAGUGAGUGGUUUCGGACAAGAGUAGCCCCUCUCAGUGCACGGGCCUCUACCUUUUAAUGAAAUGGCCAGAUGAGUGUGUUUUCCAGCUACAACUGUCUGGAUUCAAGCAGAAAACCUACUGUCUGUUGAGAUUUGCCUCAAGGAAGGCUGCGGAAUGAAUUAACUUCAGGAAGUCCUAUUGACCACUCUUGCACACCCUGUACAGUGCUCUGCUGGCCGUGGUCAGCCACAGAAAAUAAAAGCUCAACGCUGUUGCUCCUUCA